AUGGUUGAGGAAGACCAUUAUACAGAUAUUAGCGCAGACGAAAAUGCAGAUUAUACAGAUACUAGCUCAGAGGAAAAUGCAAUACGUAUGACAAGAGAGACGAUUGCAUCGCAGAUUGCUACUUUGAUUUAUAAAGUUGAAAAGCUGCUUGGUGUAAACGUACUUCCAACAAAUAAAGAAAUUCAGACUAUAAACAAAUGUUUCGGGAGGCAAUCUCAAAAAAUGAAAACACUUUGUGAACAAAUUUGUGGAGUUAUAAAAAUUGAAAUUUAUAAAGAUUCAGCUACAGACAUAUGGCCAGCAUGGAAUCCAAAAAGUGAUAACAUAGUUUUUGUUGUAGAAUUGACAAACAAAAAUAAAAUUAGUAGUACUUAUUGCAAUCAUUACGAUCUUGAAAUAAUAGAAUACGACAGGAAUUGUAGCGCUUUUGAGAAAGAAAGUCAUAUGGUUAUGGAAAAAGAAAAGGAAUUGUUGACGAAUCAAACAUAUGAUGAUAUCAGUCGCUUGCAAAGUCUUCAGAAAGAAAUAUCAACAUUUUCAAAAGAACUGAUGGAUAAGCAUAAAAACAUAACUGCAAUUUUUCCUAGUAUUGUGAAGUCUGUUGGAUAUUUCAAAUCUGGCAAACAUAGAUUUAUCGAAAUGUUAUGUAUUUCCAUACGUGUUGAAAAGAAAGUCAGUGGUUUGAUUCCACUAGCAGAAGAGCCUAUCACACGUUUUUUAGGUACAUUUCCAACUGAUGUUAUUGCUGGGGACUUUUGCUUUCUUGGUGACAGACCUAAUGAUUUUCAUGAAAAUAUAAAAAUUGGGUCAGCAAUCCAUGCUGGAUUAAAAACAGAUAAAGGGGAGAUGUUAGGUGGAACAAUGGGUUGUUUCGUGAAACACAAAAUAUUUGGAAUGUGCUGUUUAACAUCCGCACAUAUCGUUUUGUCACAAGCUGAGAUUCAAGAGGUGCUAAAGGACGGGUACCAUGAAUACGAUAGAAAUAGUUUGAAACCGGUAUUCCAGCCAAUUAGCAAAACAUUAUCGCAAUUUGGACAAGUUGUUGCAGCUGCGUGUAACGAGGGGCAAAGUGAAACGCCUGGGGUAGAAGUGGCAUUGAUACAAAUCCUGUGCAGGCAACCAACAUCAGGGUCUUUUCCACUUACAGAUUCCAAAACAAGGCACACAUUUGCGUUUAAUUCAGGAAAUAUAGCUGAUGCAAAACUGGUAAGACCAUUGACACAAGUGUUUAAGUUUGGUAUUGAAACCGGACCAACUCUCGGGUUACUGGGAAUACCGGGUGUUUCUGUUCGAUACCGGGGAGGCCUACGAUUAGAGAAUCAACUAGUUGUUAUGCCAAAGAAAGAUGCUGUUUUUGCUAUGAAUGGUGACUCUGGGUCACUUGCAUUUAUUGGUAUAUCAUGUCCGGGAACAGAGGCUGCGAUAGGGUUGGUUUCGGGAGGAUUCGACAGCGGUCAAGUUCUAGUCACACCAAUUCAUGCUGCAUUAAAAGCUGUCCAGUGUCCGCCUUAUUUACAUAGAUUUGAAGAUGCAGAUUCGGGAUUUAAUGACGACAUUUCAGAAGGCUGUGAAAAUAUGGAUUGCACUGAAGUUUCAUGGCAUGCUGUGAUCUAAACCUGUAGAACUAAAGAUUGCCCAUAUUUUGUAAUGUUUUAAAAUGACAUUUUCAAAUUUACUUUUUAGAUAAGUUUUACUUCAUCUUAAGUUCUGUGAAUAGGUAUUGAUAAUUGAUACCAAUAUUUAUCUUAGACGGACAACUUUAUGUUAAUG